AUGGCGGAGCACAAGUUAUUUGGUAGAAAAAAUAAAUGUUUCUUUGGUGUUCAAAGGAUUGAAUACCUAGGUCACUUUAUCACAGUGGAGGGUGUGUCUGCUGAUUCUCAGAAGAUCAAAGAAGUCAAAGAUUGGCCUAUCCUAACGACUCUUAAGAAGCUUAGAGGGUUCUUAGGCUUAGCUGGUUAUUAUAGAAGGUUCAUCCAAGGGUUUGGGAUGAUUAGUAGACCUCUCAAUGAUCUUACAAAGAAUAAUAAAUUCAAAUGGAAUUCCACGGCUCAACAAGCCUUUGUACAAUUGAAAGAGGCACUAACUCAAGCACCUGUCCUUGCUUUUCCUGAUGCAAGCAAAACUUUUAUUGUUGAAACAGAUGCUAGUGGCUAUGGGAUAGGGGCAUUUCUUAUGCAGGAAAAGGCAUCCGAUAGCUUUUAUUAG